AUGAGUUUCAGAGAGGGUAAGAUAGGAGAAGAGAGGGAAUGUGAAGAAUCAGUGUUGGGGAGCACUGAAUCCAAAUCGGCGAAGGAAAAUGGGUCUUUGACAGACACACAGCUAACAAUUGAUGAGAAUCUAUUGGUUGACCCUAAACUACUCUUUAUUGGGUCCAAGAUAGGUGAAGGAGCUCAUGGGAAAGUUUAUGAAGGAAGGUAUGGGGAUCAAAUUGUUGCAAUCAAAGUUCUGCAUCGUGGGAGCACUUCCGAAGAAAGAGCUUCCCUUGAAAAUCGUUUUGCUCGAGAAGUUAAUAUGAUGUCUCGUGUCCACCACGACAAUCUUGUUAAGUUUAUUGGAGCAUGUAAGGAUCCUCUUAUGGUAAUAGUUACAGAGCUAUUACCAGGGAUGUCAUUGCGUAAAUAUUUAAUGAGUAUCCGUCCUAAACUAUUAGACCUUCAUGUGGCUAUAAACUUUGCUCUUGAUAUUGCACGAGCCUUGGAUUGGCUACAUGCCAACGGGAUCAUACACAGAGAUCUGAAACCUGACAAUCUGUUACUUACAGCCAACCAGAAGUCUGUUAAACUUGCCGAUUUCGGCCUCGCAAGAGAAGAAACUGUGACUGAAAUGAUGACCGCAGAAACAGGAACUUACCGUUGGAUGGCACCAGAGUUGUACAGUACUGUGACUUUGCGCCAGGGAGAGAAAAAGCACUAUAACAACAAGGUUGAUGUAUAUAGCUUUGGAAUUGUUCUGUGGGAGCUACUAACAAACCGCAUGCCAUUUGAAGGGAUGUCCAAUUUACAGGCUGCUUAUGCUGCUGCAUUUAAGCAAGAGAGGCCCAGCAUUCCAGAUGAUUUAUCCCCUGAACUUGCAUUUGUCAUACAAUCAUGCUGGGUUGAAGAUCCUAACUUGAGACCGAGUUUUAGUCAGAUCAUCCGCAUGCUCAAUGCGUUUCUCUUCACUCUCUCACCACCAUCUCCUCCUUUGCCAGUACCUAACAAUGAACCCGAGGUGGCUACAACCAGUAAUGGCACCAUUACUGAGUUUUCUGCCCGAAACAGAGGAAAGUUUGGUUUUCUUCGCCAAUUGUUUUCUUCUAAGAGGACCAAAAACUAA